UUUAUUUAUGAGAUCUCUACUCCAAAAAUCAUCUCCGAUUUAUUUAUGGAAAAUUUAAUCCGAAACUUUCGAACUUUCGAAAGUAGUCUCUAAUCUUCAAUUCAUUUCUACUUCCUACUUUUCUCCCUCGUCAACCAAAUUAAACUUUCAAGAUUCGUCUCAGGCGCAAGCUCCGCGAUCCCAGCCAGGGUUUCGCCAUGUCCGGUAACCCUACCACGAAUGAAGACCCUUCCGAGAACCUCGACCUUAACUCCGACGCAGCCCAGCUCGAAGAGCAGGACAAGAGUUCUAGCAUUAGGGUUACGGAAUCUACAGUCACUGUCAGUGCCUCCGUGAUUGAAACCCUAACGGAAGAUCACUCAAAAGGUGAUGGGCAGACCGGAGAUCCUCCCCCCGAAGGAGAAAGUGACGAGCUUGGAGCUCGUGGGGAAGGAGAGAAUCUGGUAGAGCCAUUGCUUCGAGCUUCUGAGAUUCAUCCCGAGGGAACGAACUCUCAUGGGGCGGAAGAAGAUGUGAAAGAGGCAGCACCUCCUGUUGUUUUGCUCAAGGAGACUAUAACCGAAACAACUGUUCAAGAAAUCCAAGUUGAAACCCUAGCAGAGGAGCCCUCGGAUGGUCAUGUUCCUGUCGAGGACUCACCCAGUGAAGGAGAAUUCAACGGGCAUGGGGUUUGUGGUGAAGGAGGGAAUGCGCAAUCAUUGACCCUUGGUUCUGACGUUUAUGUUGAUGGGAAGGUCAUCCAUGGAGUAGAUGGUAAUUCGAAUGAAGAGGUGGGAAAUGCUGGUUCGGUCAAGGAGGAUGUGGAGAGAGAAAUGAAAACUGUAACUGCAGGCAGAGGCAGUAGUGGGAAAGAUGGAAUCAACAGUUACCAAGAAGAAGAUGGUAACUGUUGUGCUUCUGAUGCUGAAGUGGGAAAGAUGGAAUCAACUGUUGAACAAAUCCAGGUCGUGGAUGGAGGGGCAGAGGCAGUAGUCCAAAAUCCAGACUAUUUAGAACCCAAAGACAAUGACCUGGGGAGAAAUCCGAGCUUGGAGGUUGAGGGAUGCAGAGAAGAAAAGAUUGCUGGAGAUGCAGAUCCUUUGGUAAGUGUUCAAUCCUUUAUGAGUGCUGAUGAUAAUAGAGCUCUUACUGGGGGGAGCCCGGGUAAUUGCAAAGAGAGUAGUUCUAUGCAAGACCAUAUACAAGAUACGGUUGGUCAAGCUGCUCCAAACAGAUUUCCCGAGGUUGGUGGAUCUCAAGCAGCAAUUUCAGAUGCUUCACUGCAUGAUACGGCUGAAGCUGAUUUUGACCAAUUUACUGAACCUGCUGAACCUUUGCCAGAGGGGAACCUGGAGGCAGAGGCCGGGGUAGCUGAUGCUCGCGAUUUUAGUCAUGAAGACCAAACUGUUUGCCCACCUUUAUCUGAGCAGGGAACUCAUGUGGUGGAAAAUCAAGCAAUGGAAGUGGAAGUUGAGACUCAAGCAGUAAUUUGUUCUGGUAACCAGGUUGAAAAUCAAAAUGUGGAGAUUGCUAGACAAAGUACAGGUGUUGAACAGCAGGAAAAAAUGGAGAAGACUGCUCCAAAUCAGGAAGGUUUAAAUCAUGGAAAUGCCUCCUUUGAGGAUUACUGUAAUUCUCAUGACUUGCCACCAGAAGAAGACAGUGUUUUUGCUGUUUCUGAUGCUUCACUUCCUGAUAAAGUGGAAACUGAUUUUGAUCAGGUUACUGAACCUGGUGAACCUUUGUCAGAGGGGAACCAGGAGUCUGAGGCUAGGGUAGCUGAUAUUUGUGGUUCCACUUAUGAAGAUCAAAGUGUGUGCCCACAUUUCUCUGAUCAGGGACAUGUACUGGAAAAUCAGGCAAUGGAAGUGGAAGUUGAGACUCAAGCAGUUGGUUGUUCUGGUAGCCAGGUUGAAAAUGAGAAAAUAGAUAUUGCUGGACAAGGUACAGGUGCUGAACAGCAGGAAAAAAUGGAGGUGACUGCUCCAAAUCAGGAAGGUUUAAAUCAUGAAAGCAUCUCCAUCGAAGAUAGCCACACUGCUUAUGACUUGCCACCAGAAGAAGAUAGUGUUUUUGCAAUUUCUGACGCUUCACUGCAUGAUAAGGUUGAAGCUGAUUUCGAUCAAGUUAUUGAACCUUUACCUGAGGGGAGCCUGGGGGCAGAGGCUGGGGUAGCUAGUGUUUGCAGUUCUACUCAUGAAGACCAAAGUGUUUGCCCACCUUUAUCGGAGCAGGAAACUCAUGCAGUGGAAAAUCAUGCAAUGGAAGUGGAAGUUGAGACUCAAGCAGUUGGUUGUUCUGGUAACCAGGAUGAGAAUAAGAAAAUAGAGAUUGCUGGACAAGGUACAUGUGUUGAACAGCAGGAAAAAAUGGAGGAGGCUGCUCCAAAUAAGGAAGGUUUAAAUCAUGGAAACACCUCCGAUGAGGAUAACUGUACUGCUUAUGACUUGCCACUAGAGGAAGACAGUGUUUUUGCUGUUUCUAACUUGGUUUGGGGCAAAGUGAAGAGUCAUCCCUGGUGGCCUGGACAGAUAUUUGAUUCUUCAGAUUCAUCAGAGAAAGCACUGAAAUAUCGCAAAAAGGAUAGCUUUCUUGUAGCAUAUUUUGGGGACCAAACUUUUGCUUGGAAUGAAGCAUCAUUGUUGAAGCACUUUGGCACACAUUUCUCAGAGAUGGAGAAGCAGAACAAUUCAGUGGCAUUCCGUACUGCAGUCAACUCUGCUUUGGAUGAGGUUUCCAGACGGGUGGAGUUGGGGAUGUCUUGUUCCUGCACAUCGGAAGAAGUAUACACAAAGAUCAAAUCACAAAUUAUUGAAAAUGCUGGAAUACGGGAAGAGUCAAGUAAAAGAGAUGGUGUGGACAGAUCUCUGAGUGUGAGCUCCUUUCAAUCUCAGAAACUUGUGGAGUAUAUCAGAGCAUUAGCACGUAGUCCAUCUGGUGGAACUGAUAGACUGGAACUUGUGAUAGCUAAGGCUCAAUUAUUAGCUCUAUGUCGUUUAAAGGGUUAUACCAGGUUGCCUGAGUUCCAGUUCUGUGGAAGGUUGUUGGAGAACGACACAGAAUUAUUGCUUGCAGAGGAGAGAAAUUAUUCUGAAGAAGUAGCUCAGCAUUUGACCCCAGUUAAUUUGAACGAUCAAGAGAAUGUGCCUUCUGGAAAAGGAAAGUUGUCAGGUCGAGGUAGCUCUUCUCGUAAACGCAGGAGCAUUUCACAGGAAAGCUCAUAUCCGAGGAAAAAAGAACGAAGCUUGUCGGAGUUGAUGGAUGAGAAGGAGGCUUCUUCAAAUGUUGUAAAUGGUGAUGAGUCUGAUAGGAAGUCUGCUUCUAAGGUAUUGUCUUCUGGCAAGAAACGUAAGUCUGACUCUAUUCCUGAGGAUUCAAAGGUAGAGAAUGGGAAAAGAAAUCUUUCCUCACCAGGAGCUGCUGAUGCUGAAACCCCAAAUCAUAAGCAGUCUUUUAAGGUUGGGGACUGCAUCCGUAGAGUAGCAAGCAAAUUGACUGGGUCGCCGCCGAUCCUCAAGUGUAGCAGUCAAAGUCUUAGGAAAAGUGCAGCUAAAGUAGGUCGAAACAGUGAGAAAUCUGAAGGAAUUGGUACUGAUGUCUCUCAUACUCAUGAAGUGUCCAAAAAGGGUGGAAUGACAGAAUGCUCUUCUCCAGGUGAGAUGCUAUCCCAGCUUUGCUUGGCUGCACGAGAUCCCAUAAAAGGAUACAGUUUUCUGACUGUAAUACUUAGUUUCUUUUCAGAUUAUAGGAAUUCAAUAAUCGUUUAUAAGCGUGGGUCAGGAAAACACAAGAAAUCCUUGGAGAAAGUGAAUAGUGGUAAAACAGAAGAUGUAAAUAAAGAACCACCUACCUCUGAUGCUGAUUCUGCUGAAGCAUUUGAUUUUGACGAAGAUGUCAAAGACUCAUAUUGGACUGACAGGAUUGUUCAUAUCAGUUCUGAGGAGCAGCUAUCAAAGAAGGGCCGAAGGAGAAAAGGAGAAACUCAGCUUGAAAGCCUCACAAAGAAUGACAUGUUAAUUGCUGAAUCAGAAAGUUCUCUUCAGUUGAGCCCCAUAUUGGACCCUAAACAACAGAACUCUGAUGGCUUUUAUGAAUUGGCAAUGGAGAAGCCAGUAGGAAUUGUGGAGGUGAAGUAUGAGGAAGAAUUCUCCCCAACAGCAUUAAUACUGAACUUUGCUGAGGUUGAUUCUGUCCCUUCAGAAAUGAAUCUGAAUAAGAUAUUUAAACGUUUUGGACCUUUGAAGGAAUUAGAAACUGAGGUCUUAAAGGAAACAAAUUCUGCAAAGGUGGUCUUUAAGAGGCGUGCUGAUGCAGAAGUGGCUUGUAGUAGUGCUGGGAAGUUUAGCAUCUUUGGAUCUGCAUUUGUUAGCUAUCAGCUCAGGUAUUUAUCAUCACCACCUCCCAAAAUGCCAGGAAGUGCCACAAUACAGGGUAGAAGAGCUGCAAUUUCCACAGAUGGCAAUUGAACUUGAUUUUUCUCUACACAAAAGGAAAUGACUUUUCAGGUGCUGCUUAGGGACUGGUGUCAGUUUCCUUGCAAAGUCUGAAAUAUUGAAGCUGUUGGCAAGGAGUUGCUUAAACCACCGAAGAUGGUAAUUGCCCUAUUAGGUUUAUUGUUCGAUCAAGACUUUCCAUCCUUUUUGCUCUUGAGCUCUUCCUGUUUGUAUUUUAGUCUCGACAAUUGAUGUCUACAUGCUCUUUGUUGUGAAAUCUCAUGACCUCUUGUCCCAGUGUAUGAUCUAUAUUAGCUGAUUUUACCUGUAUAUGUAAUGCCAUUGAUGACUGGAAACUUCUAAGUUUCUGUAGUGAAAUUGCAAUCCUAUAAUUCAUAUCAGGAUUCAAAUUUUAUGUUUCGGAUAGAGUAAACUACUAUUAACCAUUUUCCA